AUGUGGCUCGGCGGCGAUGAGCGCACCGACGAAGUACCGAAGAAUGAAUUCGAGAAGCGAUUCCCUGUGGGACUUGACAAAGUUUAUGUUCCGAUGAAGGAUGUGCGUGCCGCAUUUUACGGCAUUCUUACAUUGCCUGGCAUUCAGGCGCCAGUUGAGUGGGGGGAUCGGUUGAGGCCGGAGUUCAAGGACAAGCUUGUCUUGACUUACCCUAACGAUGAUGAUGCGGUGUUGUACGCUUUUGAUCUGAUAACACACCUCAAGCAAAACCCCCGCUGGGUCAGUGGCACUCGCUCCCCCGACACAAUCAUGAAAGCCAAGAACUCGACGCGCGCCGCCUCAUUCACAUCAGACGGCCUCUUCCCAACCUCAAACAUCAAGAUCAGCCACCCAGUCAAGGGCUCCUUCGUGACCUGGUUCCAGCUUGCUGCCAUUCUCAAAGACGAGCCACAACCAGAGGGAGCAAAGCUGCUCCAUAACUACAUGCUCACUAAGAGCGAUGUUCACCCUCCUCAGGUAUAUCCUCCUAUCCUUGAGAUGCCAGGAACAAAUACCACCUAUUUCCGCGAAUGGAUGUCCGAUCGAUACAGAAUUGAGCGAUUGGGAUUGUGGUUUAAGGAUUAA